AUGGGAGUCUGGAGAAAUUGGGUUGGCUAUCCCGGUCAAAGAAAUAAAGUUUCACACAAGGUCAAGACAAUAAAGCCCCUAGAUUUCAAUUCUUUAGAUGAAAAAAACCCUGAUCUAUAUGUCGAGGCACACGAUGAAGUUGGGUUCAAUGGCUGUAGGAAAACAGGCUUUGAUAGAGUCCUUGAUUACUUGGUCUGGGCUAUGGGUUCAAAAGCUGCAUUUUUCCUCAUGUGGAUAAUUCUUAUCAUAUGGAUUAUUGUUGGAAUUGUCUUUCAUGCUCCAUUCAACUGGCAAGUCAUUAUGCAAGAUGGUCAAUCUAUUCAGACAUACAUCUGGGAUACCUUUCUGAUGAGACAACAAUUGGUACAUUCAUUUCAUCAAAACUUAGUCUGGGCUGAAUUCGAAUCUCGUACUGCUACUUUUCGCAGGCUUCUUCGCACUGUUGACAUUGAGAAAUCAUCGUCAUUUGUUGAGGAAACCAAAUCCGAGUGUUCCUCUAAUGAGAUAUCUGUUGAACUUCCUACUGAAGAUUGGUUUGAUAGGAUGUCAUCUUGGCUAACUGAGUUUGUUGGUUCCCUCACAGCUGUUGUCAUCUAUUGGUCUGGUAUCAUAAUCUGGAUCGGUUGUGGAGCAAUUCCUUCAAAUGCUCAAAAUGAUCCUCCGUUUACAGGCGUCACAACAGGUUCCAAUCCCCAGAAAAAGCCAUUUAGUGACACUUGGCAACUGUAUAUCAACACUGCUGUUGCUGUUCAUUUGCUCAUUACGUCAGUGUUCUUACAAAACGCCCGAGAAAGGCAUGAUCAGUUCGUGAGACACAUGCUUGAUCAUAUACUUCAUCUCGACUACGCCAUUGAAUCAAAACUUCGCAGUCUGAGCGACGAUCUUGAACCAAACGAAGAGCAAGUGCUUGUACCCGAGAAGAGAAAUAAAGUUCUACAUGCUAUAGAUUGGUAUUCUGACAUUAUCGGUACCGGUAUCGGUGGAGUCAUUGCUAUCAUAGUCAUUGUAAUUUGGAUAAUCAUUGGAGGUCCAAUGGGUUGGAGUGACAAUUGGUGGCUUAUUAUUGGAACUUACACCGGUCUAGUUGGGUUUAUUGACGGGUUCGUUCUUCGAAACGUCUAUAACCGAAUCGUUAUUAGAGAUCAAUCAAUCUAUGAAAAAUGUAGAGAGAAGGAGAGAACCUUUUUUGAGGAAGUCGGUCUACCAUGGCCAGAAAGUGCACCUGAACCAAAUAAAACAAUUUCCUAUCGAAUUUCUGCAUUCAUAAACGUUAAGUGCUCAACUACGAGUGCUGUAGGUGUGUCGAUCCUUAUUAUUGUGGGUUUAAUAGCAUGUGCUUGUGGACUUCGAUGGAACACAACAGCUCAAUUGAUCUGUAAUAGUCCGACCAUGAUUAUCGAAGGAUUCUUUCUUAUAAUUCUUCUUCAGGCUCAUAAAUGGGCUGAUGUCAAAACACGGACUGAAACUUCAGCUCUUUGCAUGCGACGUUCUACUCUAAAUACAUUCGUUCAAAGUUUGUAG